AUGUGUAACGAAGUAUUGCAUGCUUUGAGCAGUGCUAGGAAUAGGUGCGAAUUGCUUGCUGCUCUUCAAGAUGCUUUGCAGUAUGUGUCAUCGUCGAAAAAGUCACCGUUUUCAAAAAAUUGCAUACUCACUCAGUUGGUUGACAUUUUUCAUCCUUCCAUAAUUGGCCUUUUGACAACGAAUGAAUUCAAGGAGCUGUUCACAGCGCUAUUCCGUUCAACUGCAAUAGACGAUGCUUUCCUGGUUUUGAUCAGUGCUUUACAUUCCUGUGAUAGCUCUCAGAUGUUUCGCUUACAGCAUAUAAUAAUUUUACUGAAUGAUCUGGAGAAAACAUGUCUAGAAUCGUUGCUCGUGGACAGUAUUGAGAAGGACCCGAAUGAUGUGAACUGGAAUGCUAAACAGGGGGAAUUGUGCAGACUUUUAGGUCAGACUACAUGUUUGGUGCACAAUGUAUUCGGAAAUUCUCAUCUUUCAAGUUUGGUGAAUGACGCACUUGUGAAAGCAUAUUUAAACAAUCACUGGAUAUAUCUAUUGAAUUCACUUAAAGCUGCUCUCAUGAAUGCAGCGAAGAAAUAUCGAAAUGCGAAAAAUGUAAGCAUGGAAUUUCUCGCAGGCGUUACUUACGAGCUGAGCCGUGGAGAUAUAGUUACAUUUCGUACGCUGGUAACUUGGUUGGGAUCUCAAGCGGAUAAUAUGAUUUGGAGCCAUCUUAGCGUGAAACUGCUUACGAAUACUUCAAACGGUAUAGCCCAUUCAGAAAGCCUGCUUAUAUUUGUUUUACUUGCAGCAAAAGAUGGCGAAAUGCUCCAGAAAUUGUUUGGUAAUGAAAUAUACGAAAAUCGGAUAGUAAGACGGAUUUUCUUUGAAAAAACGCUUUUUGUUAAAAUAUUCCCUUCGACAGAACGAGUUCCUGAAAAAUUAGCUAUUUGCUUGCAUUUAAGCAACAAUGAAUCUUCUGGUGACGGGCCAUGGAGUACACUGCAUCGGGAUACAAUCUGUACAGCUCUGAAUAUCUGGGCCAGUAGUAUCCACGUCAACCAUUCUUCCGAUGAACAGCUGGAUUAUAUUGAUGUUGUACUUCUCAACUUUGUUAAAUACGCAAACGAGCAAAUCCGUCGUUCUAUUUCAUCCGAAGUUGUUACCAAAAUGGCUGGUGGUGUAGACAUCCGUCUCAAGUGUUCAGACGUUCGACGUAGACUGAGAGGAAUGUAUGUAGCAGAAGUUCUUACGGACUGGCUUUCAUUGGGUAAGCUGAAAUUUGAAUUCCCUGCUGAAGAAAGUGAGACCAUGGUAGACUUGAGGAAAAUUGUGGACAACGAGUACGAUGUUGAUGUGAAGGCGGUUAAAAGCGACAGUGAAGAGAAGAAAGUGAUACAGCUGGAAGUACAGGAUAUGGGAAAUGAUGCAGACAAAGUAGACAGUGAUGAUGAUGACUUCCCUGAGUAUGAAAUCCCUGAAGAAGAAUUGAAUUUGAAAAAGGAUGAAAAUGACGAAGACUAUCGCAAUGUAGAGAUCCCAUACUAUAUUAGGGAUUGUAUUGAGGGACUUAAUGAGCAGCACGAUUAUGCCAAGUUCGAGGCUGCAUUCAAGGCUUUGAAACCAUUGAUUAGACGACGAGCCGUUGGUUAUGAGCAGUCAGCAGAAGAACUACUUUGCCGGCUUGUCGAUCUUAGUGAUCACUUUAAAACUGAACGUUUUCAGGAGAAACGACUACAGCUUAUUGAAUCCUGUUUGGUGACAAGUCCACACCUGGGUAACGUUGCUAUUGAUAUUAUGUUUUCGAGAAGAUGUUCGAUGAUAAACAGAUAUAUUAUUUUAAAGGCUCUGUCUGACGCGGCAUUAGAAUAUUCAUCUCCAACACAAGUUGCUCAAAAUCUUGAUACUAGAAUCCAAGAGAACGAUGGUGGCAAAGUUUUGAACGAUAUAGAACUGGUCUCCAAAACAAGACGUUUCAUGAAAGGACAACUUAUGGUGCUAAAGGAAAACAGAUUUACACCAAUCGCAAAUUCAUUCUUCUAUCCUUUGACUGCAAUUGAUCAACAUCGUGAACAUCUUGAUCUCAUUGGAAGAGAUUCGGAAUUAUUAAGUAGGAUUUUGGUCUGUAUGGGUCAUUUGGUCAGAUGUUCUGGUACUUCUCCAUGUACAGUCAAAAUGACUAGUACUCUGGCUUAUUUGCUCAUUCCGCUGCGACAUAAUACGAAUUUUGCUGUGAGACAAGCUGUACUUUUUUGCUAUGCUUCUAUUUGUGUGUCCUUAUCGAGGGAGGUAGUACUGCAGUUCUACUCAGACAACUUAAUGGAUUGGUUAGAAUAUGCUACGAAGCUAGCCGAAGCUGAUCCGUCGGCAGAAUGCAGAAAUAUGGCGCAAAUGACUGCUGAAACUAUUGCUUUAUUUUUUUCUGCGGGGAACUAA